AUUAAUUCUCAACUCAACCGGGGCAAGUUUUCACCGAAAUAAAAGGACCUUUGUCCCUCCCCACCAUAUUUCAACACUCGUCAUCGGAAGAGCUUCCUUUUUUUUUCUCCUUUUCCACCGCCGUCGAUCUCGAUCCUUAUCCUCGUUUUCAAACAAGCUCAAAAAAGAUGGCCAACGCUGCAUCGGGAAUGGCUGUGCAUGAUGAUUGCAAGUUGAAGUUCUUGGAGCUCAAGACAAAAAGAACCCACCGCUUCAUUGUUUUCAAAAUCGAGGAGAAGCAAAAGCAAGUUAUUGUGGAGAAGCUUGGUGAACCAACCGAAAGCUACGAGGAUUUUACUAAAUGUCUCCCCGCUGAUGAAUGUCGAUAUGCUGUGUACGAUUUUGAUUUUCUAACGGCCGAGAACGUCCCGAAGAGCAGAAUCUUUUUCAUCGCAUGGUCUCCCGACACGUCAAGGAUCAGGAGCAAGAUGAUUUACGCCAGCUCCAAAGACAGAUUCAAGCGAGAACUGGACGGAAUUCAGGUGGAAUUGCAAGCAACAGAUCCAACUGAGAUGGGUCUCGAUGUGUUCAAAAGCCGUGCUAACUGAAUACGGUUCUUUUAGGCAUCUGCAACCGGGAAGCUUCCUUCCUUCCUACAGUAUGUCUUUACUUAAGUGAAAUGUUUAUAGGUUUCGAAACGGCAAACUCGGGAUUUCCGAGUUAUGCCAUAAGACUUUUAUCAGUCUCGAUGAUGAUAAACCCGUAGUUUCGGGUAUAUGUGAUUUGUUAUCUAUAGAACCUAUGUGUUGAGUGCCUUUGUGUAGUCUUUAUCUCUUUCAACGCUAAAUGCAACUGUUUGUGAGGGUUAGACGACACAUUUAGUUCGUUUUCAAGUUUUUUUUUUUUAAUUUUCUUUGAAUAUUGACCCUUGUUUAUUGUUUCGGAGUGUUAAAGAGGGCAUGCUUUUAUGUCUUUCAAGUCA